AUGUCAGAAGGAUGGAAUCAUCACCUUGAUAAACAUGCUUUUAAGGAUGAUGAUGAUGAUAAGAAUGAAUUGUCUUUUACUCAAGAAAUAUGUCAAUUACUUCAAUAUCUUGAUUUGAAUGGCUUUUCACAAUUAAUUGAUUAUAUGGACUCAAACGAUCAGAUAGAUGAACAUUUGAAACAAGGAAUUUCACAUCUACAAGAUCAUUUUAUGAAAGAAAAUUAUGUUUUACGAACAUCUUACAAAGGUUAUUCUUUACAUAUAUUUCCAUCAAAUGAUUUCGAAUUACUCUGCUCGGAGUAUAUCGAAUUAACAGGUAUCUAUAAAUGUAUUCAAAAAAACUUGACUACAAUGAAACUUAUUGAAUAUGAUGAAUUUUUAUUCAAUAUUGUCAAACAAGUCGAAACGAAAUUGGAUGAUUUAUUUCAUUCCAAUUGUAUCACCCAACGACAAUAUGAUCAGAUGCGAAUAAGUCAUUCAGAAGAAGUAGAAUUAAGUUAUUUAGUUUUCGCCUUAAAUACUCCAAUAAAGGGUGAUAUCUAUACAAUUCGACCAGUAGUAGUUUGUAAUAAGGGACCAACCAUGCGUAUUUCAAGUUAUUUGAGUAAUUUACUUUGGUCCCUCUUUGAUCAACUAACAGGUUGUAGAACAUUUCGCAAUGGUAUUGAUGUUAUUGAAAAUUUCGAAUCAUAUGCAAGAAAUAAUUAUCUACAAUCGACAACUCUAUUUGUCACAUUUAAUAUUUAUGAAAUUUGUAUGAAUUUUUCACAUGAAAUUAUGAUCAAGGCAUUGGAACAUUUUCUAUUGAUUUAUGGUCCUCAAGUGUCAAUGGACGAAGAAUUAGCUAUUGAUACGAUUCUUCAAUUAGUUCAUCUUGUAUUAGAAAAUCAAAUGGUACUCUAUGAAAAUUGUCUGUUUCAACAAACCAGAGGUAGUGCUUCUGGUUGUUCAUUGACCAUUCCAUUAGCUUGUAUCUAUCUAUGUUAUUCACAACCAGCAUUGAUGUCUGUACUGAUGGCUCAGAAGCAACAAGAAUUAUUUGGAAGAUUUCAAGAUAAUCUAUUUCUUACAUGGAAUAGAUCAGAAGAUCAACUUCGUUUCUUAUUUGGAAAACCUAUCAUUGUCGAUCAACAUUCUCGAUCGAGUCAAAUAAAACUAUUCAUUGGAACAUCCUUUCAUUUUCUUGAUGUAGAAAUAUCUCAUGAUCAAGGUCAUCUUCAUACACGAAUUUAUCAUGAUCCCGUUAUGGAUCAAUACCAAUUACCGAAUCAAUUUCAAACGGAAAGAUCAUCUUGUUUACCAUCCCGAUUGUUACAAUCUAUGUUAAUGUAUGCUGUACGAUGUUGUUCGAGUGAAGAGAGUUUUGAUUAUGAACGACGUUAUCUUAAACUUGUCUAUCUUUUAUAUGGUUUCUCAGAAAAUUUUUUGGAUAAUUGUAUUGAACAAUUUUACAAGCAAUUUUAUGCUUGUGAAGUCAGUUAUCUUGUUGAUAGAGUUCCAUAUGAAACAUUACGUCGACGAGUGAUGAAACGUCAUGCACAAUUAGUUGUCUUGAAAAAUAAAUGGUCUAAGGAAAUACAAAUAAUACAAUCGCUAUCUUAUCCAAAUUUGGAUACAGAUUUGUCCAUCAUGGAUUAUUUUAAGUGUCAAUUUUUUGAUUUAUUAAAAAAAUGUUUUCUAUUUGAACCACAAUUCAAUGAAAAUAUGAUCGAUAUAGAAACAGAUGCAAUCCAUCAUAUUCUUUCAUCCCAUGACAAAAUAUCUCAUCAUGAAACAUAA